AUGGUGUGGUGCAGCUACUGCGGGCGCGACCAGCAGGCGGAGGUCGACGAGGCCAAUGGCUUCUCCUGCUGCACGGGGUGUGGGCGAGUGCUGGACGAUACCGUCUACUCGUCCGACACAGUCUUCAUGAAACAAUCCGAUGGCUCUAGCAUGGCCAUGGGAAGCUUCGUGGCAGAUGCAGGAGGAGGCGGGCCGGUGGUGCGACUGGGAGGAGCCAGGGGGUUCGCCUUUGGGGGCUCGUCAGAGUCACAUGAGCGCACAGUCAUGAGAGGGCGCAAUGAGAUUGCAGAGAUAGCAGAGCGGCUGGCCGUGCGACCUCGAGAAGACAUGAUAGGGUCGGCGCACCGGCUGUACCAGCUGGCUCUGAAUCGCAACUUCACAAGAGGAAGGCGAGUAGCGCAGGUGGCAGCGGCGUGCCUCUACCUUGCGUGCAGGCAGGAGAAGAAGCCCUUUCUGCUGAUCGACUUUGCUGACUUGCUGCAGAUCAACGUGUAUGUACUAGGGGCGGUGUAUCUGCAGCUGCUGCUGGUGCUGCGACUGGAGAACCACGAGCCGCUACAGGCACCACUGGACCCCUCUCUCUUCAUCCACCGAUUCGCCGACCGCCUCAACUUUGGGCGCAAGAUGCAUGCAGUGGCCAACACGGCUCUGCGCCUUGUUGCCUCCAUGAAGCGCGAUUGGAUCCAGACCGGUCGCAAGCCCAAUGGGGUGUGUGGGGCGGCGCUGCUGAUAGCUGCACACAUUCACGGCUUUGAGCGAUCCAAGUCGGAUGUGGUGGCAGUGGUGCAUGUGUGUGAGCAGACAGUGCGGCACCGACUGCAUGAGUUUGAGGGCACAGAGGCAGGCGGGCUCACUCCGGAGGAAUUCGAAGAGAAGGCCAAGGAGUGGGACGAGCUUCUUUUCUCCACCCAGCCACCCACCCCUGCUCUCGUUGCUCCUGCCUCUUCCCUCGCCCCUGCUGCUGCUGCCCUCGCUACCAAGGGCAAACAGGGGAAGGGGAAAGCAGGGGGAGCAGCAGGGGGAGGGGCGAGGGGAGGCGCAGGGUCGACUCAAAAGCCACCUUGCUGCGGCAUGACUGUGUUGCGUGUGGGCUGUGUGAACUGGCUGCGGACGAGCGGAGGUUUGGUAGGGGGAGCCAACCCGCCUGCAUGGGGGCGGGGGGAGAGGGAGCAGCGCAAAGCAGAGCUGAGGAGGCGGAGAAGCCGCCUCACUGUGUACAGCGUGUUUGGGCAGGAGGAGCGGGAGGAGGGGGAUGGAUAUGGAGAAGGGGAGGAGUGGGGAGUUGGAAGGGAAGUUAUGGCUGUUGGCCAGAAGGGGAAGGGUGGAGGUGCGGGUGUGGCGGUGGCGGCAGGGAAAGGGGUGGUUGCUGCGAAAGCGGGAGGGAAGGGAGGGAAAGUGGGGAGGGAUGGGGUGUCGAAGCGCGAGAGAGCAAGGCAGAGGAUUGAGAAGGAUCUAGAUGCAGCUCUGCACCGAGCUGAAAUUGCUCCCCUCGUGGUCCACACGCUUCCAGACUCACUGGGACCUGCCGAACCAGAUACCCUAGGCUCGGUCAGGCGUGACGGUCUAGGUCCGGCAGGCAUAGAUCCGAGCCUGGUGGAUGACCCCGAUCCAGAUUUCUUGGCUGGGGAAGAGGGUGGGAUGGGCGGCGGAGGGAGGUUCGGGGGAAGCGUUGGAGAGAUUGGGGAGGAGGCGCAGGAGGGGGUGGAAGAUGAGGAGGAGGAAGAGGAGGAAGAAGAGGAAGAGGAGGAAGAUACUUUGUCGGAUAUAGAGGAUCACGAGGUCGACGGGUACCUACUAGGAGAGGAAGAAGUAAAGCUAAAGACCCUGAUAUGGACCGAGAUGAACAAGGAGUAUUUAGAAGAGUUGGAGCAGAAGCAGGCGGCGCAGCGCAGCGGGCAGCAGAGGACCAGGUGGCGGCGGUGGCGGCCGCAGCUGGUGGAUGGAUACCUGUUGGGGGAAGAGGAGGUGAAGCUAAAAACCCUAAUUUGGACGGAGAUGAACAAGGAGUAUUUGGAGGAGUUGGAGCAGAAGCAGGCGGCGCAGCGGGCGGCAGAGGACCAGGUGGCGGCGGUGGCUGCGGCAGCGGCAGCAGCAGCAAGUAAAUGUGGCGCCGGGACCUCUGCUCGUGCUGCUGCCGCGGCUGCAGCUGCUGCUGCAGUGCUGCAAAAGGGCGGGCUCGACCGCAAGCGGAGGCGCAAGGACGAGGCAGCACUGGGUCCUGCCCAGUCAGCAGCAGAAGCUGCCAAGAGGGUUCUCGACAAGAAGGCGUGGGGAGGAGAUGGCGCGCUGGGUGGGUAUGGUGAUGAGUCAACUACGUACGAUGCUGAGUCAGCAGGGCAUGGGGAAGGAGACAUGGGAGUGGGCCAUGAUGAGGAUUUGGAGCAUAGGGGAGUGGAUGGGGAGGAGGGUGAUAUGGAUGGUGCUGCUGGGUUGCAUAAUGGGGAAGGUGCAGGUGAUGGUGGUGGUGGUGAGGAUGGUGAGGAGGAGGAGGAGGCAGCAGAGGCACAUGCAGCUGAUGGGGAAGAAACGGAAUACCAUGAUGUGAAUGGGGUGCAGUACCAUGUGGAAACGGGUGAGGAGCACUAUAACGAGGAUGGGGCAGGAGAGGCGGUAUGGGGAGGUGGGGGAGCGGAUCAGCUGUACGGUGCAGAUGGCAUUGACCCCGAUGACCAAUACAUGUUUUACUGA